ACUCAUUUGAAAAAGUAUUGUUUUCCACUCGGCGCCUGAGGUGCGAAAAUAAUAAAAAAGUCAGUUCUGUCUCGCAAUUGGUUGAUGCGUUAAUUAAUGAGGUAUUUUCGUGAUGAAUGGAUCAGGCGCGCUUUGUCUGGGAGCAUGAUUUAAUGCCAACAGCUUCGGCGAAGAAAACAUCAGAUCGAGUGUUCGUUGCUGAAAUUCGUAAGAAAUGGCUGUAAUUUUGGAGACAUUGAGGCUUCGACAUCUUUUAGCGUUUGCACUUCUCUUGGUGGGAAUUCUGGCGACCUUUUUCGCUGUAGGAGGAAAAAUCGCUCCGGCACCCACGAGUGCUGUUUCUCAUAUAGCAACUAUCUGUAUUGGAAAAAUUGGAAAUUUUGAUACAUUUUAUGAUCCAAGAAAUUGUGACAGGCUCAAUAACAUUAAAGAAGCUGAGACAGAUCCACGAGGCAUCACGCCAGACCAGAUUGUGUUUGCCAUUAGAUUUCCCUUCCCUGGUCAAUCAAUGUCUCGCUGGUUCCAGUUUGUAGCAACAUCAAUCAGAUUGGAUAUUGAAUAUCGGCCAGAAUUUAAAUAUGAUGAUCGUCAAGGCAAAGCACCAACACUAACUUUUGAGGCCCAUCUGGGAUAUCUGUCAAACAGCUCUGGUGAAGGUCGAUGGGAACUCCUGGCAGAGGCAACGGAAAACAGGUCUCUUGUCUGCAACUUCACAAGAUCAAAGACUGGAGGUGAUGAUGGGUAUUAUGAUUGUGAAGAAAUCCCAUUCUUUGAGAUAGGAUCUGUCCACUAUGAUGAAUACUUAGUAAACAUAAAACUGCCAUAUGCUCGUCACUCAAAUGAGAGGAUUGGACUUGUCUCCGAGAUCAACUUUGUGGAAAUUCACCAAAAUGGAGGAUUUACUAAAGUCUGGUUCACAGUGAAGACUGUUGUGGGACCAAUUACAAUUCUUAUCCUCCUCUGGUUUGCAAAGCGACUGAAACAAUUGAGAAGAGACCCAGUUCUUCUUGAAAAGGCACUGUUUUGUUUAGGAGCUGUGACAGCAUUCAUGAACUUUCCUUUUGAGUGGUUUACUCUGUGGUUAAACAUGCCCUUCAUGUUAUUGUUCAGCGACAUUCGUCAGGGUUUGUUCUAUGGGAUGCUGAUGAGCUUUUGGAUCAUUUUCACUGGCGAGCAUUUAGUGGACCAGCCAGAGAGAAACAGACUAAAGACUUACUGGCGACAAAUUGGUGCAAUUGGAUUUGGUUGUGUGUCAUUGCUUGUGUUUGAUUUGUGUGAAAGAGGAUAUCAGCUGCAUAAUCCAUUUUACACGAUUUGGGCAACCAAACUAGGACGAAACAUGGCUUACGCCUUUAUUAUUUUUGCGGCUGUUUGUGCCUGCAUUUACUUCUUGUUCCUCUGUUAUAUGGUGUUCAAAGUGUUCUGGAACAUUCGAGGGAAAAGGGCUGCUAUUCCGACAUUGUCACGCGCUAGGCAGCUGCAGUAUCAGGGGUUGAUCUACCGUUUUGAGUUCCUGAUGGUUGUGACUGUCCUGUGCGCUGGUUUCACUGUGGUUUUCUUCAUAAUUAGCAACGUAAACGAGGCUCAGUGGAAAUUUGGAGAAGAGGAGUCCACUGUUGAGCUUUCAAGUGCGCUGUUCACUGGAAUUUAUGGGAUGUGGAAUACGUACGUAUUUGCAGUAGUCUUCCUGUAUGCGCCAUCACAUGGAACCCUGGCCACAGAUAAUGCAGAAGAUGAACAGGAGAGGUUAGAGUUAAGAAGCCGCACCGAGGUUCGAUUGACGGAAGGCGAGACAGCAGAAGAAUCUGUUAUCUACAAAUUCACAGGCAAAACUGCUCAAGAAUAACUGAACUGAAGGAAAAUGAAACGACAGAAACCUAAGCUUUUUCCGUCUUCCUGCAAGGACUCUAGCAUGGCUGCGCGACCAUUAACUCGAAUGACUCAGGCUAUUUUCAGAUCUGUUGUAUAGGAAAUAGUUGACGCAAGCUCCAUAAUUGCUGUAU